CCAUAUUAUUUGUUGUGGUUUCCCUUCGUACCAUGAUUUUACACACGGAUGUUGGAUUUACUGUGGUGCUGUGCUCCAACUAAAAACUACACACAGAAAAGGGAGCAGCUUGAUAAUGAACCAAAAUGGCACGCAAUUAUACAGACAGGAACAGUUAAAUGGAUACACGUACUGCAUCCGACAGAUAUUUGAAGAAAACGCUCUCGGUUAUGCUCACAGUGGUGGGAACGCCAACAAACUCAAUAAGUGUCAUGGUAUCUCCAAUGAAAGCCAACUCUAUCCAAAAUCAGUCAGUGAGCCUUGUCCAAAGAAAGAACCUCGACCUCGGCAACGUAAGGAGAAAGGUGGACCACCUUUGGUCCUUCCCCCAGCCGCAGACGGGCGACUUAAAUUUGCUGACCGCCUGCGGGCUCUGCUUAAGCGAGAGAGUAGCAUAAGCAAUUCGGCGGACGGUUUUCCUCAAGACCCUUACGCUUUCUCUGAGCCACCUCCUCCCUCAUGGACAGACGUCCCGCUCCAAGAAAAUGGAGCAGUCGAGCAGUCCUGCCAGCAACUCGCAUGCAGGCAGGUGGGUAAUGGAGCAGCCUCGAAAACCAUGAAUCGUCUACAGGCGAAAAUAGCACAAAACAAGUUGUUAGACAAACUGAAGAAGGCACAGGAUGCAUCUAGUCACAACCAUUACAACCACCGGCCAUCACCGCCUGCCGCUGUCCAAAAUCACGUCGCGAGGGUAGACUGCAGGCAGGCAGCUCACCCUCCGUCGUGGUACCAAACACCACCAGUUGUCCCGAAGCUGGAAGCGCAGGAGACCGGGAGAGUGCCGGUGCACCUUGGGGCUCAGGGAGGGCCUGCAAGGAGGUUGAUACCGGCAGUGUCUCCACUGAAGGCAAAGGAGAAAACUCGGGACAAGUUAACGAAGGAAAGGAUAAAAGCAAAGUUACUGCCUGCCCCUUCUCCCGCAAUCCGUGUGCCUCCGUAUGCCGGGACAUCCGACGGACAGUCGGCACUCCGUAGCUUUAAGGACUUCUGGUGCUUGGAAAAGAACCUGUGGAGAAAUGAUGCUUUGCGCACUACAGAAAUGGAUAGCUCGGAUAGUGACUUGAGUGAUGAUGAUGACAGUAUGGUGCAGAAGCCACCGUCUUUUUGGAAUUGGGAUCUCGACUGCAGUGAUGCUUCUACUGUGAAAAGUGUACGGUACCUGCGAAUUCAGCGGCUGCGAGCUGAGCUAAGGAGAACCUAUGAGAUGUUGUGCAAGCGGCAAACCACAGUGCAGCCCCAGCUGCAGCAGCAGACUGCCCUUGUGCAUCACCUGACAGCAGCAGCACGCCAGAACCCCGACCUUGCUGCACAAAUUCUGCUUGACCGAGAGGAGAGCCGAUCGCAUCGAAGUUUAAAACAGUCAUCCAUAGAUAAAAGAAAAUGCUGUUACCAACAGGAAGAUGAAGUCUGUUCCCGCCCAGCAUUGCCUUACACGAGGCACUGCACAAAGCACAUUAUGUACAAUGUUGACCAGUUGUUAUUUGAACACUGCACUGCCAAAUUUGCAGACAACACCCAGUGCUGUAUACCUGUGUUUGACAUGUGCCAUGAGCUACCACUGUGUCUGGAACAUGCCAAGAAGAGGGAUAACUACAACAAGAUGGCAUCAGAACCCAAGCCAAAGAAGCCUAGGAAGAAAUCCAAGCCUCCUGCACUGACACGGCCGCCCAAGCGGGGCAAGAAGAAGAAGCCUCGAUCUGGCAGCCUCCGUCCCUCGCCUACACCACUCUUUCACAGCUCCGCAGCCAGCCUCGACCAAGGCAUACCAGCAGCAACAAGCGUGGGGUCUCAGCGGCUACCGACACUUCCUCCGGUUGCGUCACUGAGGUCCCUACCGUCUCCAAGUUCCUCCUCAUCAUCCCUAUCCUCGUCUUCUUCCUCUGCCUCCUCGCCUCCCUUUGAGCCUGUCCAAGUACCGCCCGUGAUGGAAGUUGGUCUUUCCCAAGCUUCUGUUCCACUGGCUCCCAAUUCCGUGAUAAAGGCAGAACGGGAAAGCCUCAUUCCUAGCCAUCAUCAGUUGCCAACGAGUAUUCCCUCAAGUCCAGACGUGGAAAACUUUGGCUAUGUGGCAGCGAGUGUCAGUGCAACGUCAGUAGGAAACAGCAAUAGUACUGGUGGUAUUAUGAAUGGUCCACAUAAAGAGCUCGUUGAGCGAAUGGAGCCCGACCUGGCUGCAGACCUGGAAAAUCAAUUUUCACCUGAUACAAUAGACAAAUCCCUGGAGCUGCCUCUUGAUGCUGCAGAACUAGCAAGCCAAGCUACUAAGCUGCUGGAAGAGCAUGAUUUCACCGAAGUCCUCAAUAAAAUAUCCGACGAUGCAUUCAGCGACUUCUUUGCAGAAUCCAAGAAUGGAGAGUAUGUUCCCAGUAAAGAAGAGACAGAGGAGUUAGAGCGUGCACUUGCUGCAGUUUCUAAGGAUGUGCACCUUGCUCGUGAGUCCCUGGCAAAAUUGUCGGGCGGAACGGGCGCCACAACAGCGGACGUGGCAGACCUGCCCGAACUGGAUGCCUUUCCUGAUCUGCCGCUUAGCUCGAGUGACCUGAACUCUCUGACCCAAGCUCUCAUGGGCAGCAACAAUCCUGAAGUGCUCAGAACUGUAGCCAUGUUGACAUCGGACCUGGGAGCCACGGCGGAUAUCACCUACGUUCCGCACUCUGUGUCAAUGGUGGACAUGACAAGCACCAACAGUGUAACUGGCAGCUUUGUUCCCAUACAGCCCGUAACUUCAGCAGAGACUUGGAUGCUUCCAGACCAGACUGUUUAUGCGCCAGUCGCACAGGGAGCGCAGGCACCUCACCAGGGUGCUCUCUCUAAACAGUCAGUGUUGGCACAAGAAUCGGUGUCCUAGCAGCACACUGUGCUAUGCACUAACCCCGGGUCUGACGUGUGCUGUUUGUCGGUGAUGCAUCCUUCUGGGUUGAGCUGUAGGCCGUGCGGUGAACCACAGUAAGGACGAGGCAGCGGCUUGUUUUUCGGCGAGACUAGGGUAUCUCAGUAAUGUGCAGCAUGACUUCUUGGUGUGAUGGCAUUUGUGCUUUCUUUUGGUCAUGGAGUGCAAGGGAUCUUGAGGGUGUCGUACAUAGAUGUUGCUGCCGUGAGAGCACCAUAUUGUGUGCUAGAAUACAUAUAAUUCGUAAAAUGCGUGAAACGUUGAGAGAAUGAUCUGCAUCAGGACAUGCUUGCCAUUCACUAGCCUUUGGAGGCAAGUUGCUGUUUUUUUUGUUUGUUUUUUUUUGUUUGUGGCUCUCAAAAAAAGAAAGAAAAAAAAGUAAUGGAUUUCUGUGUGUGUUGACAGCAGACAAUAGGUGCUUAAGAAUAGCAAAUCUGGUUGCCAUGUAUCCGGAUAGACAGCUGUAUGGCAUGCCAUUUAUGUGCUUGUGCGUUUCGGAACAACUGUUGCAACCCUGCCCCCCUAUAGCCAAUAGACAUUCUUUCGUGCAGCUGGGAGUUGGAACGGGUAUACUUCUCUCUUCCAUGCUGUUGUGCUCAACCGUUGGUGUAUCUGUGCACAGUGGAAAGAAACAAACUUAAGAGCGGGUGGCAGACAUCCUAUGGAACAUGCUGUACAGUGAUGAUUUUGUUAUCUCAAAUCUUGUUAGACCUCUUUCUUCCUUUUCUCCAUAGUGGGCGUAGGUUGUCUGCAGAUUCUCUGGCUUAAAGCACUUUCGCGGAUUAUUUCAAGGAAUAUCAGUGUAAGGAACCUUCUGUACAGCUAUUUAAUGUUGAUAGUCUUGGCUCUUCACUGAAUAUUAUUUUGUUGCAAUGUUCUAUGGAGAAACACACAAAAACUUGUCUUGUUGGGCCCUGGCUCUUUUUUUUUCUUCUCCCAUGUGCUGUGGACCAUGACGAUGUGUGAAGCGAAUUGCUGGUAUAUAUAUAUAUAUAUAUAUAUAAAUAUGUAUAAUGUGUAUAUGUAUAUUGCUAGGUACAAGAACUUUUUGCUGUUUGAAAUGGCCGUGUUGGUGUUGUCCUCAUCAUUUAACUUUUCCUGUUGCAGGAAGGGUAGAUUGAGAUCAUUUUGUGCAUCGGGCAUUUUGUUUUCUUUACCAUCAUUUUUUUGUUUGUUUUCAUGAGAACAGAGUCUUGUACAGUUUUUUAUAGUGUGUCAUUUGCUGUUUGUUGUUGACCAUCGUCUAGAAACAAAGAAAAAAAAAACAAAGCAAAGAGUACAACUCUCACCGUGUAACUAAAUAGGUCACAUAACGCAUACACAUUCAACCAGCUCUGUUUGUUCACUACAUGAGGGUUCCAUAUAUCCUUUCCAAAUGCAGUAAAAUUGGGGGAAAUACAGUUCAGUACCUGUUGAUGGAAGUGUUGCAUCCGCCGGGUUAAGCCCUUUCGCGUUCCACUAGGAGUGUACUUGCGCCAGACGACUCUUCAGCCACUGGCUGUGUGACAUACAUUCUUGCAGGAAAGGAGAAACCUACUGCCAUUGAUAAUUACCUUAUUUCUUUCCAAACCAGUCUUCACUGUAGGAAUUUGUUCCAGAUUCCGUAAUUAUACUAAAUCUAGUGAUGCAGAAUAAUUCCAUGCCACCGAAUCCAAAAAGAUGAGAAAAUGAUGUAUGGAUCUUAAAAAAAAAAUAUAUAUAUAUAUAUAUACUUCUCUUUCCUUGAGGGCCGAGUUUCUCGUUUGAAUCGUUCAGUCUCUCGGAGGACAAAAAAAAAGAAAAGUUGUUAGAUGUGCACAUAACUUUUGUCAGUGUAAGAGGAGUUUAUCGCAAGAGGCAGGGAGUGAUCCGUGUAACAAUAAAAGCUUUUAGUCUUAAUAACGUUGCAGUAACUGUUGAUUUUGGUUUAUGCUUUCAGAUGUGAAGGGCCACGAAUAGCUCCGACAUCAUGACUGUCGUUUUUCCAAUCGGUGUAGAGAACUGUGUAAACUCUAGUUGUAUCUUGAAGUUUGGUGCAACUUCUCUUGAACAGCUCGUUGCAAAUGUGACCAUUUUGAAAGGCCUGUGAAAUGGGGUGCUUAGUCUGACUGUCACUGUACCUGGAUUUAAUCUGAGCUUCUCAAUGUGGCACCCUGGAACACAUGUCCACUUUCCCAUGUAAUGUCCUAUUAAUGUGUAUGUUUCACUUAGGCCUGGUAGGUUCUUACCACCCAUCAGCCACAUCUGGUAGGAAACCGAGGCAAUAGCAGUGUCUUGAGAUGUUAAGGUACAAAGCUAUUUUCCUCUGGACACUAUUAAUUGGAGUGUAAUCUCAAGUGUAAAGUAGCUAACAGCAGUAUUGGCAUAGAGCCUAUCUCUCUCACAAUCUGAUAGGCAAAGUUUGUAGUCUGGUGGAAUAAAUACUCUUGCAACUUA